GUAGAUUCUAGACGUUUAGGUAUUGUUCCACUAAUCCGAUUUUUAAAAAAGUUUAUGUUUUACAGAAAAUAAUGGCGACCUUCAUCUGUAAAAGGCUUGUGCAAAGAACAAUUUCUCAUAUUCAUAAAGCCAAGUUACAGAGACACAUUAGUCAGUCAUCUAACCUGCAUCAAGUGCUCUCUUGUUUCUCAAAUACCAAUUGUAUUUUAAACAAAACAAAUUCACUCAUUGUGUCUAGAAUCUCAAAAGAGAGACAACUCCAUUUAUCAAGAGCUCUCAAUGUCCUUGUACAGUAUAAAUUAUCAGACAUUGGUGAAGGCAUCCGUGAAGUUGUUAUAUUAGAAUGGUUUGUAAAACCUGGAGAUAAAGUUCAUCAAUUUGAUAGUAUUUGUGAAGUGAAAAGUGAUAAGGCUUCUGUCACCAUAACAAGCCGUUAUGACGGUGUUGUGAAGAAAUUAUACCAUGACGUGGAUGCUGUUGCAUUAGUUGGCCAGCCAUUAGUGGACAUUGAAACUGAAAGUUCUGAAGAAUGUGUCAAGCAGCAAGAAGAUGUUAAUGAGGCUGAUGCUGGAACAGAAGUCUCUAGAGCAGCAGAUGGUGUGAAGACUUUAGCUACACCAGCUGUUAGGAGAUUAGCUUCUGAAAAUAAUAUUAAACUUGCUGAUGUGAAAGGUACUGGUAAAGAAGGCAGGGUACUGAAAGAAGAUGUUCUCAAGUAUUUGGAAGCAAGACAAGCACCAACUCCAACACCUCAGACUUCUGAAGCUUUACUUCCUUCUACCCCUGCACAUUUUCCACCAAAACCUACAACAGCUCCUCCACCACCAACUGUUAAGGUUGUUCAACAACAACCUCCUGUCAUAACUACACCAUCUGGUGAGGAUAGAACUGUCCCUUUGAAAGGUGUAGCUAAAGCAAUGGUGAAAAUAAUGACAGCUGCUCUGAAGAUUCCUCCAUUUGGUUACUAUGAUGAAAUUGAUGUGACACAGCUAGUUAAUCUACGUAAAAAGUUAAAAGUAAUUGCAGAGCAGCGUGGAAUACAGCUUUCAUACAUGCCUAUAUUUAUUAAGGCUGCAUCUUUGGCAUUAUUAAAAUACCCAGUACUCAAUUCUUCUCUUGAUGAGGCUUGCGAAAAUAUCACCUAUAAGGCAUCACAUAAUAUAGGCAUUGCCAUGGACACACCAGAAGGUCUCCUAGUUCCUAGUAUUAAAAAUGUACAAAACUUAUCCAUAUUUGAUAUUGCCUCAGAACUGAACAGAUUACAAGCUCUAGGAUUGUCUGGGAAACUUGGUACCCAGGAUUUAUCUGGAACUACCUUUAGUUUAUCUAAUAUUGGAUCAAUAGGUGGAACUUAUGCCAGGCCAGUCAUCAUGCCUCCAAAUGUAGCCAUUGGUGCUAUUGGCAAAAUUCAGGUUCUUCCCCGUUUUGAUGAAAGUGGGGAAAUUAAAAAAGCUCAUAUUAUGAACGUCAGUUGGUCAGCGGAUCACCGUGUGAUUGAUGGUGCAACCAUGGCAAGGUUUUCUAAUUUGUGGAAGCAGUAUUUGGAAGAACCAACGACUUUUCUCCUUAGCCUUAAAUAGUUGAACUACAUAUAAAUUGAUGGGUGUAAUACAUAUUGGUCACUGUGAUUAUCUGAUCUGUGUAUUUUAAAUUUCACUUCUCUAAAAAUGUUGCAUAAUAAUUUGGUGAACUUAUACAGUGACAUGUAAACAUUACAUGGUAUACAGGAUACUACACAGAUUUAAUGACUACAGUAGUAAAAAAACAAAAUAGUUAAAUAAACCAAUUACUUGAUACCGGUUAAUUCAAAGCAUAAAGCUGUUUUUGUUAAAUUUAUCAUAUUUAACUCAAUAAUAAUUUUUUUUUAUCUAGAGAAAGCCAAAACAUUUUUAAAUAUUUGAUUUUAUUUCUUUAUAUAAAAAUCUGUAAAACAAUGUGCAAUUUCCCCAAACUGUUGACUUACCUAUAAAAGCUCUGAUGUUGUAAUGGACAUAAAAGCAAGAUUUCUUCUAUUGGGGCUCUCUCAAUAAAAUUAUAUUUGAUAUAUUUAUAUAGUAUAUUAGUAGACCUUACUUGGUCGUCUUGUUUGUUUUCUAAAAAUGAAAUACAUGAAAAAGAAUAUAAAAAUAAGGUUUAAAGAAAUUGUUUGUUUGUAUAAGUUGAAUUAUAUAUUUGUACUAACUAGGGAACAGUCUAUUUUAUUUGCUAUGGUAAAACUACUUUUACUGCAAGUGCAUUACAAAAUGAAGGAUUUGUUUUUGUUAUUUCUUGUUGUGUGAUUUAUUUGUUGGCUCCCCUGUUUAGUCAGAGUUGCUCCACUUUUAUUGAGAUAUUAUUUCUGAAUGAAAAAUGUGUUUUUUUUGGGGAGUUUCAAAGCAUAAUCAGAUAGUCUCUACAGUUGUUUUUUUUUUUUGUGAUCAACUGAUUUAUAUCCAAUCCAAAUGGGGUUUUGUUUCAUGUUCACAUGUUAGUCAUAACUCAUACAUACAUUUAUCAUAUGAACACAUUCAUUCUUUUAAUUCAUGUUGAUUAUUUAUUACAGACAUCUUUUUUUUGUUGUUGAAAGGAAAAUUUAUAUGUUGUUAUGUUUAUGAACUUGGGACAAACGUAGUAUGCAGUAAUUGUAGGAAGAUAAGGAAAGAGAUCAAUUGUAUUUCUCCUCAAUGAGUUGUUUAAUUUGUUCAGGAUGUAUAUACAGAGAUCUUAAACAUUUACAUUUCAUUUUGUUAUAACCAUCACCUUUUAUCACAAGCUCAUUGAAUAAUAAAGUAGAGCUUUUGAUGUACAUAUACCAUAAUAUACUGAUAUUCAAGUAUAUUAUGAAGUAUAUUUUCCUAUUCAGUUUUUUGUCCUUGCUAUUGGAUUUGUUCUUUUAACUAACCAUUUAUGUACUGAGAUUUUACAAUAAAAAAAAGUAUUUAGAAACUAUUUGAUAUUAAAAUAAUAUGACAGCCA